ACCGUACCAUACCAUGUACCAACGCAUACAACGUGCACCUACUAUGUAAGUAAGCAUUGAAACUAAACGAUCGCAAGUGAUUAUUCGAUCGUAAAAUGCUGCCAAUUUGGACGUCAGUGUUCGGCGAUCGUGACUUCCAAUCGAAGUUCCAAGUCGGCUAGAACGCAGGGAUAGGAUCCAGUGUAACUUCUGAGAAUUUAAGUGAUGAAUUCAACUAGUAAAAGGACAUGCCGCAAUAGUCACUGCCGGAUUUGGCCACAAAAUCAAAAAUUACCAAAUCACAGUGCGUCUGUACGUCUAAUUGCGAAAGCUUAAUCAAGAGUCGAGGCUGGAUCCCUCAUUGAACCCCCAAACAGUCCCAAGGAUGUUGUGCCUGAAAGACAGGUCGCAUUCUACUCACCUUUGCUUCACCUGCUGGCUGCACUUCAUCAUCGUUCUGUGUCUGACGGUCAGUGCAAGAGGGUUAAACAUGGCCCAGGCCCAGGGCACAGUGGAGAUCUUUCCCGUGGAGCCCACCAUUCUGGCCGGCACCGACUUCAACCUGACGUGCACCAUAGGUCAGUCCAGCUCCGUUUUGGCCCAGGACAUCAAAUGGAAGCGAGGCGGAGAGACGCUUCCUGCCGAGUUGUAUAGCGCCCUCGACGACAAGACGUCACAGUUGCAGGUUCGGAAGGCGGAGUUUCAGGACAGCGGCCUCUACGCCUGUGUGUCGGAAAAAUCAACGCUUGAUGGUGGUAACGAAACACAAGUGUAUGUCGGAGAACCCCCGGAUGCAGCCCAUGGCCUGUUUUGCUACUGCCCCAACUUGUGGGACGUAACUUGCAAAUGGGAGCUGGGCAAAGAUACGAAUCUCAACACAACCUACAUGCUGCAGUACAGGUACUACCAUAUCCAUGAAGGCAGCGACUUCGAGGAAGGCAGUUGUUCUUGCUCCGACGAACAGACGUGCACAAUGUCGGGAUCCAUUCAUGGGCCAAUACAGCUUCGAGUCUUAUCAAGUAACAAGUUAGGCCAUGCUAUCUCCACAGAACUGGCCUUCGACUAUGAAUCUGAAACUGUUCCUCAUCCGCCAAGAAAUGUCUCGGCAAAUCCCAUCCCAAGAUCUCGAUUGAAUGUCACAUGGGAACUCCCGCUUGAAUGGAAGACGUCUUACAGGGACUACUUGUAUUACAAACUUGAAUAUUACAAAGAAGGCACAAACGUGUGGAUGGAGUACCCUGGACCUUCGGAUGAGUUUAUAAAUGGGAAGACAUACGCCGAACUACCGUCCCCAUCCUCGCUGGAUGCCUACACCGUUUACUGCGUCAGGGUUGCAGCUAAAAUUAAAUAUGGUUCGUGGAGUCAGUGGUCAGAUUUGUCCUGCAGCAGAACGCUGGAACAACGGCCUGACGCAGAAGUUAAUGUCACGUGGAGCUCGCAAGUCAACGCCCAGAAUGACUCCCUCCGCGAUGUGCUCUUGAAAUGGGUGCCUCUUUCACAAGCCAAUGCACGUGGUAAAAUCCUGGGCUAUCGCGUGAUCAGAGGCAACCGUAGCCAUGAGAAUGUGACAACAGUAGACGACCCUUCCACGACAAGCUUGGAAAUUCCUGGUUUGGAACGGUACAGAGGAUACAGAUUUGCCAUUGAAGCGUAUAAUGGUGCCGGCCCCUCACCACGAAGUUUGCUUGACAUUGCAGCUGAGCAGAAACCUGCUCCCUCGUUCAUUGUGACAAUCAUCGUUGCCAUUGUGGUUGUGGCUGUUACGUUUGUGGUCAUUGCCGUCAUCUGGUGUCUCGUCAAACACUACCAUCUGCUUAAACCGGUGCCCAGUAUCUCCAUGAUACCUCUUGAAAGGUUUGAUAGAGUCAUCAGCCGACCAGGGCAGAGAGGAGCCGUUGAGCGUGAGGUCUUUGACGAACCGCGCGGGCAUCGCACCCCGAAUGGAGUCCUCCCAAAUGGAAACAUUCCCGGAGGCUCCCACCCACCUGCUGGCGGAGCAGCAGCAAACGCUGCAGAGGACAGCGAACGAGAUUAUGUACAAUUACGGGAACAGGCCAGCCCAGAUGAAUCCUUCCCACUUCUGCGCAGCAACUCUGGAAACGGGUCUUGCUCAGGGAAGAGCAACUCUUGCAGGAAAAUGUCGCAGGGGAGCGUCAACUCCACAAACUCCUCUGGCGUUUGCUCCGAUAAGGAUCCGGAGUCACCGGGGUCGACAGUUGCGAACUACGGCAAAUUUGCCAAGCUGUACGUGCAGAUACCGGACUCGGCCUUGUCGGAUUCGCAGCAUUCUGGUCCGGGCCAGCCCCGACUGGAUUCAACGGACUCGGGCUUCGGCGACAACGGCAGCGAGUAUCGGAUGCCCAGCUACACCAAGCUGUCGACCAUCCCGUCGGAUCCUGGAUCGGUUGAAACGUCGCCCGGUUGGGAAACCGACCCCGAGGGCGACUAUAACGGUGGGGACGUUUACCAUCGCAUUGCUGAAGGAGAACCCGUUGCAAGUAACCAGGAUCUGUUACUGGGCCAACCGACGGUGCCUGCCUACACGAGACUCUCAUCCAUUCCUGCACCUGUGAUUAACCCUACGGCGCCCUCUGUUGGCAAUGAGGUGCAUGUGACCAUCUCAGAUGGAACAGCGCCCUCGUUUGGAAAUUCUGGAGCAGGCAGUGUGUAAAAAAAAGUGUAAAUUUUUGAAAAAUGUUGUAAUAUUCAGAGUAUUUGUCUGUCCCUUGGGGACAACGUUUUUGUUGGAUUACUGAACCGAAAUGUGCAAAAUUGAUGAAAUUGCUGCUCUAUUAAAAUAAUUUCCUUAUCCUCUUCGACGGUACCGGUACACAAUAAAAUACUACAAUUUCAAUAAUUUCUUAAUGCAAUAAUACCCAAGUAAUCUUCGGGCAUGUCUGUUCUGUUUAAAGAAUCUAUAACUUCAAAUGACAAAUUUCAAAACUAUGGAAGUCUUUAUCAUUUUUCAGUUUAAAACUCUCAUUCUUGUGGAUGCAAGUUAAACUUGUGCCUUCUUUAUCUGUGGUUAUAUAAGAAAAUGUUUUUCCUUGCAAUUUUGCGAUAAUGUUUUUCUUAAUACAUAAAAAGAGACACUUCUAACUUUACAUUGCGAUCAAAGUGUUCUUAUGAACAGCUGAAAAAUCCAGAACAAUUCAAAUAAAAAAUUUUGAUCUCCAAAACUUUAUAAUUGUAAUAUAGAUUUCUCCUUAAUUCCUUUAAAAAAAAUUCUUUUACUUUUUUGCACCGAAUGUCUGUAUUUUCUAUUUUUCUAUUACUUUGUUAUACUUCCAAAAUGGACUUGUUUCUUUUUUAAUGCUUCCACAAAAAUAUGAAAAUGAAUAUUUAAUCUUCCAUUCUCACUUUUCAAAUUUCAAAAUAAAAGUUAGUAUCUUCAUGAAAUAACAUGUAUGCAAAUCUUGACUUUGCAGAUAAGAAUUGUCUUUAUGAUGUUCUAUUCUGGAUGAAGGAAAUCCUAUUGUGUGCAUGUACAUGUACGCAACAGAAUGAACUUACAUGUACAUGUAUGCAAAAUGCACCAUGGGCAGAUCAACACGUGGGUUGCAUGCAUAUUGGACUGUAUACGUAAUUCAUUUAACAUUUAGCAGCCCGACUGGUGCAGGCUGUUCAUGUAGGUGAAAAUUUCCUUUUGGGUACAAUGUACAACCUGUCUUAUUUGGCAAAUAAAACCAACUUCCUUGUUUCGUCGGUCCGUGUUUCUCAACAUGCAGUUGCAAAAUUCAGAAUCGUUUGAUAUACAUGUAUAUAGUAGUGAAAUAUAAGUAAAUGUGUACAAUCGUUCCAAGCCUCUUGAGUUAUGAGAUGUUCUGUUAUGAUGCACCGGUAGAACACUGCAGUAAACAGGAAAACCCUUCCAAUAUGGAGUUGCUUGUAAUUGUGCUGCAUGUACAGUGCAUAUUUAUGUAAUAAUUCAAUCGGAUCCAAGGGGGAUGUAUUGACUCCAUGUUCAAGUAACAAAGACAGACAACUACAUGAAGGCAGCACUCGUGAAUGCAUUGCAGCUGUACACCUCCUGCCCUCGCUGCGACAACCUACUUUAUUCUGAGUGUGUACAAAGCCAUAGUGCCUUCGCGUAAGCAUCAGGCGUCGUCGGCAAUGUCGCCCCCUGUGGUCUCCCCCCUACUCUCCUUUUCUUACUGUUGUGCACAUUUAGAAAGACGUGCGUACAUUUGUGUGCCAUAUGUGUGCCAACAGUCAUCAUCAUCAUCUUCCUAUACUCGCACAUGAUGUAUACACAUCCUUCCUGCCAGAAACACCGGGGCGAACCCCUUCUCUUAGCAAUAAGCGUUACUGGGUUCUUUUACGUGCCUUAGGCCUUAUACAACACACGGGACCUAC